AUGGCUCAUUUCCGAAAAACCAAAAAAGAUCACAACAAAGCGUUCAUCGUUCUAAGAAAGGGAUCUGAAGAUUCAGACGUUAUAACAAACACAGCGGACCUGUCUCUGGGCAUUGAAAAAGAAGCGCUGCGGCGCGAAAAUGAGCACAGAGCUCGUUCACAACUACUUAACAGUCGUACAAAACCGGUGGCGUUUGCCGUUCGCACAAAUGUUGCAUUUGACGGUAAAAAGGACGAUGACUCACCAAUACAAGGCUGUGCGAUUACCUUUGAUAUUAAAGAUUUUUUGCAUAUCAAGGAGAAGUAUGACAAUAACUGGUGGAUAGGCCGACUGGUUAAAGAGGGCUCUGAUGUGGGUUUUAUACCAUCCCCCGCCAAACUCGAACUCCUACGUCAGAUGAACCCAUCACGAAGCUCAAAAAAUCAUUCUUCCAAAAACUCGUCAUCGUCAAACUUAGCUGAAGAUGAUGAUCCUAUUGGAAGUGGUCGUAUAUCUGCUAGAACCACAUUAACUGCUCCAACAGCUAAAGACAAACGUAAAAUUUUCUUUAAAAAACAAGAGACCACACCACCUUACGAUGUUGUGCCAUCAAUGAGACCUGUUGUACUUGUUGGUCCAUCACUAAAAGGAUAUGAGGUGACCGAUAUGAUGCAAAAAGCCCUAUUCGACUUUUUGAAACAUCGUUUUGAAGGACGAAUAAUUAUUACACGUGUAAUGGCUGAUAUAUCUUUGGCUAAACGAUCUCUUCUCAAUAACCCUUCAAAAAGAACAGUCAUCGAAAGUAAACCUGGUUCAAAUUCAAGAACGAAUAUAAUGGCUGACGUACAACAGGAAAUAGAACGGAUUUUUGAACUCGCACGGACAUUACAGCUUGUCGUUUUGGAUUGUGAUACUAUCAAUCAUCCGUCGCAAUUAGCAAAAACUUCCUUGGCGCCAACCAUAGUUUACCUAAAAAUCUCAUCUCCUAAAGUACUCCAACGGUUGAUUAAGUCCCGGGGCAAGUCUCAAACCCGACACCUGAACGUGCAAAUGGUGGCGUCCGAAAAAUUGGCUCAGUGUCCGCCAGAGAUGUUUGAUGUGAUACUAGACGAGAACCAGCUAGAUGAAGCGUGCGAACACAUAUCCGAAUACUUGGAGGCGUAUUGGCGCGCGACUCACCCUCCCGUCACGCCCGACCCUAACGAACAGCAGUUGUUGACUAGGCCGAUCAGAAGCUCACCGAGCAUUGAUAUGCCGAUCAUGUCGUCGAUGAUGAACAACUACCAGUCAUCAGAAUACCAAUCGAUGGAUCGCAUGCCACCGCGUCUGGAGCGCAUGCGCACCACCGAGUACGACGACUACGAGCUCAGCGAUCACGACAGCAUGGUGUACGUACCGCCGGCCAUCGGGUACCAGUCGAAACAACCUCAGCAGCAACAGCAUCACAAGCAACAGCAACAGCAUCAUCAUCAUCAACAGCAGCAGCAGCAGCAUCAGCUGCAUCACCAUCAGCAGCAGCAACAGCAUCACCAUCAGCAACAGCAGCAACAACAGCAUCACCAUCAGCAUCAGCAGCAACAGCAGCUGCAGCAGCAGCAACAGCACUAUCAAUCGCAGAAACAGCAACACCAGCUGCCGCAACACUAUCAACAGCAACAGCAUUCGCCCAUGCGACGGCAGCACAGCGUGUCGUUCGAACGGGGCCAGUCGCAACGCGGACAGCCGCGUCCGGGCAGCAGCUCGCACAACGCGCCGCACCACCAGCUGUCGUACCAACACGGCUCGCAGACCGACAUGCUGACGCACAGCCCGCCGGAGAACUCGUCCGAUCAUCUCAUGUCGUACAUGUCGCCCACAUUCAGACCGUCGUCGUCCACGUGGCGCGGCAACAUUUAGUACAAACAGACGGAAUUUUAAUAACAGCGCGCUCGACAUUAUUACACAUGGGCGACCGAUGGCGAUCGUCCGACACGUACAGUAACGAUCAGUGGCGCAACCGGGAGGGCAGAAGUUCCCCGGGUCCGGACCCCCCCCCCUUGAACCCCGUUAUUCGUAUCGUUCUAAAAUACCGCGAUUUCGCUGUUGUCACAGCAGUUUACACAUCGUAUACGUGUAUACCUUUAUUUCUUAUACAUUUAAUUAUCAUUCAAUUUUACAUUAUAAUCACAAAUGUUUACAUUAAUCAAAAAAUAAAAUAACAAUUGAAUUUGCUUGCUACUUUAAAAUAGUUAUAUUCUUGGACACCCCUCCCUCCUUAAAAGUCCUGGUUGCGCCACUGGUAACGAUACAAUAAUAUACUUGGGAUUACAACGAUAUCAAUCGCGCGGCCUGUCUGAUGAGUACCUACGCCUCUAUAUAUUGGCCGGGCGGUCGGUGCAGUUCCGCGUUUGAACGUGGUGCUCCUGCAGUUGUUGUAUUGUUAUUGUCGUGUUCCGAUCGUCGUUUGUAAAUAAUAUUAUAACUAAACCGUCGGCGUGAUUGUCAUUAAUAUUACCGUAAAUCAAACAAGUGUCAUGUAAAACCCCGUUAGGAGGGUGUCAUUGCGAUAUUAUAUAUACAUACCUAUCUUAGUAUUAGUCUCAACACAUCUCGUAGAUAAUAAAGCAGCAAAUAGGGCCGUCGGAUAAUGUAAAUAAUUGGACAGGACGCGUCCUCAUUGCAAUAUAUAAUCGCAAAAACGACGCUGUCCCGUGAACAGUAUAUUACGUGUCCCCCUCCUCGGGUAGGGAAAAAAAUCGCCUCGUCGUUCGAAACGAAAAUUUGGUUCCACGUCUUAUCCAUUAAUUCGUUAUCCCUGUGAAUAAGACAAGCCUAUAUUAUAAUCACGGGGUAACCAUUUUUUUCGGACCAAAGCAAAUGGACAGUUUUUGUCUUCUGUCGGAGGCAAACUGGUCCUUUUCAAAAACAACGAAAACAAUGGGCUCCGUACUUCUUCUGUGAUAUAAUACCGUAAACGCGCAUGGUCAUGUAGGCUAGACCGAAAUCAUGAAGCGUGAUAACUAGUCAAGGCAUAUACUAUUCGAUAUUUUUCAACUCUUAUAAGAUCUCCUCCUCCUCCCUGCCCCCUCGAUACACGUGUUUAUUCUACAAUAAUUCUGCACACAGUGCGGAUAUCCUCAACCGGAAAUGUCCUAUUCACGUGCAUUUAUUAUUGCUGUGAAUAAAACCCCAAAAGCUUAUCGUUCAAUACUCGUUUAAUAACCAUGGUCCAUGAGUAAUAAAUUCAUUUUUACAUUAUCUUUAGUGAUAAGCAUCGACGCCCUUUAUACUACUUUAUUAUCUAGGAGACAACACGCUGCACUGGUAUACCCAUACAUAGACUUAUUCGGGACAUUUAAUCGUGUAAAAACUAUAUGCAAGUCUAUGAAGGCGUAUACUUUGCACGAUAGUUAAUGAUAAUAUGAUAUAAUAUGUGUAAAUAUAUUAUUAUUAUAAUUUAGUAAAUACGUCAUUAAUAUUACAUUGAACUUCAAUUGCCUUAAUUGGACCAACAUUAUACUGAGUGCUUAUUAUAAUUAUUUUAUAAUUGUAUUUCGUAUAUUAACUUUAUAACGAAUAAAUCUGGUUAAGUUUAUCCGAACAAUUUCAUAUCUAGUUAUAAAGUUUAUUGCGUAUAAUUAAUACCAACAUUAUUAUUAAAUUUAAUUUAAUAGCUAUUUUUAUCCGAUAAAUUAACGCCUGCCACUAGGCUAUAUUCGUGUAGAAAAAUAUAACCCUAAUUAUAAAAUUCUCGACAUUUUUUGUUAGGUAGCGUUAUUACUCUUGUAAAACAUGACGUUUAAUGUUUUCAAUAGUAUGUAUAGGUUAGUUUAGUAUAGGUUUAUUAGAAUAGGUAUACGGCUAAUAUACAUAACGGGUAAAUAACUAACUGAAGGAUAAUUGUUUUUCAUAAUGCUUACCCUCGUUUAUUCUUAGUAAACGUGAUAAAAUUAUCAAUUUUAAACUAAUCGCCUUUGUGUGUUUCUCUUUGUGUUUGUGUUUAUUUGGUUAAUGUACUGCUUUUUUAAUAUACAAUUUUUUUUUAAAUUUAUUUUCAUUUUUAUCGUUACGUGGUUAGAUUUAUUUAUUUGUGUUAUUUUCUUUUUUAAAUCCGUACACCGUAUUCAAUAGCAUCGGUUUUCAACCUAAAUUCAGUUUGUUAUAUUAUUGCAUAUUUUGUUUUUUUUUUUUAGAAUGUUUCCAAAAUUAUUAUAACACACACUGUAAACAGGGUCUUUCCGAAUUUCACGUUAUAGAAAAACAACGGGUAAUGCUUAUUUAAUAGAGCAUUAUGCAAUCCCCUCAAUUUUGUAACCUGAAAUUUGGAAAUCACUGUGUAUAAAAUAUAAGUAUAAUUUAAGUACUCAA